AUCCUAAUGAUGGCCAUUGGCCUUUGUCAAAUAUGUCAUCUUGAUAAUGCUCUGUGGUAUUAUUGAAUUUUUGUGGAUUUAUAAGUUUAUACCCAUAAAUAAAGAAGUGCUAAUGAAAUUCAGUGGAUUUCAAAACACAUUUGCGUAAAUACUGUUUAUUUUACGCAAUAAAAACAACAAUAUAACCCAUAAUUAAAUCUUAUUGAUUUUUGGUGAUUGUAUAGUAAUUGCCUAAUUAUUUGUGCAGUAGUACGUUACAAUGGACGUAGACGACUCCGCUGUCGAUCUCAGCGUCAGGUCUCUACCUCCUGAGUUGAGUGAACUACGAGCACUGACAGCGAGUGGACUUACUAUCACCCCUGCUCAGCCCCCGCCUCCUCAGAUUGACAGAGGCUCCAGUGGCAAGAGGGUGCUGCGACCUCGCACAGAUCAACGCACGUAUGCUGAGAGCCCAGACAUAGUUCUGUUGCCUGCUGCCCCACCGCACCGAAAACCUUUGGUGCCUGUCACUGCACCAUUUGCAGAUGUGAGCAGCAAACUAAACUCUGGAUCAGUAAAUGUGUCUAUAACAGCGAGCUCGACUACGGUGCUGCCGCCUGAGUCACCGAGGGAUCCAGCAGAUGAAGAGGAAUCUGAUGAUGAGAAUGAACCUCCAUUGCCUAUUACAGGACACAGGGAGCUGUCGAGCGCUGAGAUAUGGGAGCGCGAGCGGCGGCUGCGCGCGCUGCGGGAGAAGCUGCGCGCGGAGGAGACGCGCUUCGUGCUGCUGCGGAAGUUGAGGCAGUCGCAGCAGGCCGCCACGCUGCCGCCCGCCAAGGAGGGUGCGGCUCUGAACGCAAGCGCGGGCACGGCGCUAGCUGGCAGCGGGUGCGUGGUGCCGCCCGGCGUCACCGUCACACCGGCCCCGCCACCCGCACACCAGCAUCCGAAGCGCAACAACUCAUCGAGCAGCGUGCUAUCGAGCAACUCGUCGAGCCGCCGCUCCGCCAACCUGCCCGGCGGCGCCACCCUGACACCCGGGUAUCGGUCACAGGGGUCGUCUAGCGGCGGUGCGAGCAUCACGCCGUCUGUGACGAUCACGCCGGCCCCUCCGCCCGCGUCCCAGCUGCCAGCACCCAAGGCCAGCUCCCGAAGCUCGGAGGACACCCAGACCCCGGCGCAGCGGCAGGCCGCCGCCAAGCUCGCUUUGCGCAAACAGCUCGAGAAAACUCUCCUACAGAUCCCGCCGCCCAAGCCGCCGCCGCCGGAGAUGAACUUUAUCCCGUCGCCGAGCAACACGGACUUCGUGUACCUCGUCGGCCUCGAGCACGUCGUCGACUACCUCACCAACGAGGAUCGCAUGCCGCGGUCGAGCGUGCCGGCGGUGUGUGCGCAGUGCGGCAGCGACUUCACGCCGGUGUGGCGCUGGGAGCGCGGCAGCGGGCGGCGCGCGGACGCCACGUUCGCGCUCGCGCCCGCCGCCCGACGACUCUGCGAGCUGUGCGUCUCCGGCAACGUCAAGCGUGCGCUCAAGGCUGAGCACACGGCGAGGCUGAAGACGGCGUUCGUGCGCGCGCUGCAGCAGGAGCAGGAGAUAGAGCGCCGCCUCGCCGCGCCCGACUCGCCCGCGCCCGCCCCGCCCCCCGCGCACGCGCCGCACGCGCACGCGCACACGCCGCACACUACGCACACCACACACGCGCCGCACGCGCACCGCAACACAUCCAGCGCACAGAUACCAUCGCGCAAUACCCGCACGCCGGCGCCUGCACCCAUAACGACUACCAAGCAGCCGGCACCUUCCGCCAGCCGUUCUUCGCUGAGCUCUGAGCCGCUGCGCGCGCAUCACUCGGAGCGGCCGCGCGACUCGGGCGAGGCGCCCGCCAAGAAAGGUAAAGGAUCGUCUUCAAGCACUACAAGUCAAGGCAGUAACAGCAAGCAGCAUCAGCUGGCGGCGGCGGCGGCGGCUCAGAUGGCGUUCGAGCAACAAAGCGCCGCGGCCAUGCAGGCGCUGCAACACCAACUGCUAAGAGGCUUGAGCGGCGCGGGCGGCAGCGGCGGCGUGUCGCCGGCUGCGGCGGCAGCGGCCAUGAUGCAGUUCUCGCCGCUCCUCUACACAUACCAGCUCGCCAUGGCUCAGGCCAGCGCGCUAGGUAAGCGCUCCGGUAAGGGCAGCAGCGGUAGCGGCGGCGCGGCGAUGGCGGCGGAGAUGCAGCGGGUGGCGGAGGCCCAGCGACAGUACCUGCUCGACAUGAUACCCGGACAACACUCGCGCAACCCAUGGACUAAGAACUAGGGAUAAGGAUAACCUUACGAGGAAGAUAUUUUUAGACACUCGGUGUUUCGAUUGAAGGAGGAAAUAGGAAUAUUGUAGGUUAGAUAGACUAAGCGACAUUCAUGUAGGUAAGCAGGUAACGAUGUUAGUUUGAUUUAUAUUAUGGGUUUGAUUUGAAUAUUGCUAGUUGUAUUCGUGGAGGCGUUUUAAAGCACAAUUUUAAUAUACGUAAAUGUAGAUGAUAUUAAGUACAUUUUAAGAUAGUUCGUUUUAUAUUUCGAUUUGUAACUUCAAUAAAUAAUGAUUCUGUAAAA